AUGACCUAUAAACGUAAAAAAUACCAUCACGGUGAUACGCAUUUAAAGAAGCGUUGGCGAGUACGCAAUAGAAAGAAGGAUUUAGAUGAAAUCGAUGAAGAUCUUAAAGAAGAGAAAGCAGAGAAGUUAUUAAAUCAGGACGUCGAUUUAGACCUACCGGGUGCAGCACAACAUUAUUGCUUACAUUGCGCGCGAUACUUUAUUGACGAUCAAGCUUUACAGGAGCACUUCAAAACUAAGGUUCACAAGAGGCGGUUGAAGGCAUUAGAAUUAGAACCAUACACGAUAGAAGAUUCGGAAAGGGCUGCUGGACUCGGGAACUUUAAAUUACCGGCUAAGCGAAAAAUUGUUACGCAAAAUUCGGAAGUUCUGGAUAAAGAUGGUGAUGUUCUAAGAUGUUCUGCAUUAUUUAUAAAUGGAUCAAAGGCAAGCGAGAACUAUGCAUUUUUAGUACCACACGUUGACUUUCCUGAACAAUUACAGCACAAAGAUGUUUUACAAAAUAUGCUGCAGAAAAGACAGUACAAAUAUGAUUUGGAUAAGUUAGAAAAUCUUUGGGCCAUGUAUGAAGAUUUGAAAAGUCUGAAAUUGGAGCAAGAACAUAGAAAGAGUCAGUUAACAGAGCAGUUUUUGAAUUUAAACAAAGAGAACGCAAGUGAUUCUAUGGAAAAGUUAAAGAUUAAAGUACAACUAAUAAAAGAGAAUUUAAAAAACCUAAAAGUCCCAUUAUGGAGUGCCGAAGAAGCCGCUAUGGUUGAGGCUCUUAAAUUACCAAAUCUAUUACAUUCUCUUACCCCAGAAGGUGAAAAUAAAGUUAUAUAUGAAUACAAAACUUGCCCAACUGCACAAAAGAACCAUUACACCAUUGGAAUAGAGAGAAAUCUUUUGUGCUUUUUGAGAAAUAAUACACAUUACUUAAAAGGAGACGCAGCUGUAUUUGAAUUAGGGGUCAAAUUCUAUUUCAGUGAAUUUUUACGGAAAAAUAAUUUUGUACAGUUCUCCAAUCCAGACUUUGUAAAAAGUUUAGUUGUUGAAGGUUGUGGUUUCGACCAUGCUAAUCCUGGUACAACUUUUAUCUUAGAGCAUACAGAUAAUACAACUGUGCAUCAAGAUAAACGCUUACACUUAACGGGGGCAGGAUCUUUAUGCACUUUCUUGGCAUAUCAUGCCAAAAAUGUUAUUUAUAGCAAAGUUUUACCAUUAAAAUAUUUUUCAAUGGGAAGGCAAUAUGUCCCAUCAAAAAGAGACAACAGUUUAUUUGAUGUCAGUCAGUCUUCGGUAGUACAAUUGUUUGCAGUAUCCAAAAAUAAUGAAGAGUUGGAGGAAAUACUUAAUGAAAUCGUAGAUAUUGUAAAACAGCUGUAUAAUACGUUUGAUCACCAUUACCGGUUGUGCUAUGUGGCUGCUCAUAAGUUACACAUGUCAGAAUCACUCAGAGUUGGCAUUGAAAUGUAUUCAACAUCCUUAAAUUCUUAUGUGGAAGUUGGUCAUAUUUCAUUAAGUGGAGAUUUUUUCAGCAAACGUCUAAUGUUUAAGUAUACUGAUAACAAAGAACAUAAGUAUCCACAUAUUUUAUCAGGUACAAUUCUAAAUGUAUCAAAGCUACUUGGCUGUGUUCUAGAACAAGACCAAGAAUUCUCAGUUCCGGAUGUAUGUUCACUGAACUUUAAAAAAGGUAUUGUUGAUACUUUGUAA